GUAGUUUGCAAAUUAGACAUGACAUUUUUAUAUAUUUGUCUACUUUUGCAUACCUACCAGACUUAGCCUCGCUCGAGGUUUGCUACCUGCCCAUGUUGGACUCCACAGAAAAACGGGAGGCUGGAACGAAGCAACAAACCAUGUGAUCUCUUUCAGCGCAAAGAGGAGACAGAGACUGUAAAAGGAGUCUGAAAUAUCUAUAACAUCAGAGGAGAGAAACUAAACCAGUACAUAUCAUUAUUUUUUUCGCAGCACUUUGCAGAACAAAAGUAGUUUUACGCCCGCUGGAGUUUGACAAAGCUGGAGGAGCGGCACUGAUCUGCAUCUUUAAUCUUCUCGCUACAGUUUCCUUUCAUGGUCAUGGAUGAUUUUGUUUGUGAUAAAUUAACUGAAUGGGGUCUCCGCAAGUGGAUAGAAACAUUUAAAGAAGAAGAAGUUGACAGGGAAAGUUUUUACCUUCUGGAUGAUCAACAAAUUUCCAAAUUGAUCCCAAAACUAGGACCACAGGCAAAAUUCAAGAUGAAGUUGUUAAAGGAACAAAACACAGAAAAACCAGAUACAUCUCAAGUCAUUCUGUCCACCAGUGGAACAAGUAAUGAAGGAAAAAGAAAGUCUGACCUCCAGGGCGAGUCCAAUGAACAGCAACCACGGACUAAGAAACGACACCUUGCCAAAGGACCGGGAUCCUACUCAGAAGAAAUUAUACAGGCUGAUGUGAAAGAUAUAAUGGGACGUGUCCUACAGCGAAUACCUCACCGCGGCAACAACUUGAACAUCUUCCUGAGGAAGAAAAUCUGUGAUUUAGAGACGGACAAGAGGGAGGUGGUCGGCGUCUUUGGCAAAACCGGAGCUGGAAAGAGCUAUUUGAUAAAUGCCGUCAUUGGAUUGAAGAACUUCUUGCCCUCUGGAAGCGUCAGUGCAUGUACGUCAGUCUCUAUUAAAGUGGAGGCUAACAUGCAGAACUCAAAGUACGAAGCAAUCAUUGAGUUUAUUACAAAAGAGGAGUGGAGAGAUGAGUUGUGGUUCUCAAAACAUUUUGGUCUGGAAAAUGAGGAAGAUGACACAGAACACGGAGACAUUGUUGAAAAGCUGUCAGCGCUGUAUGGAGAAGACUGGAAAGAAAAAUCUCCUGAUGACCUCAUGGAUGGCAAAUAUUUCAGAGAGAUCCCAGAAUUUCUCCUUUCCGAGGAGGAACUGAGAAAGAAGAUUUUGACAGCCGAUGAAGACGAAGAUCUGUUUGAAUAUUUAAUCAGAUACACAAGAACCAAACCAGAUGACCCAGAAGAUCAAGGCACGGGGAGGUGGUAUUGGCCGCUAGUGAAGUGUGUGACCAUCAAGGUGCCAGAUGCUGAUCUUCUGAAGCAUGUCACACUGGUGGAUCUUCCUGGAAAUGGGGACACUAACAAGAGCAGAGACAAGAUGUGGAAAACGAUCAUUGGAAGUUGUUCCACUAUCUGGAUCGUGACUGACAUCAAUCGAGCUGCAUCAGACAAAGAAGCCUGGGACAUCCUGAAAGAUGCCUGCAGCUACAUGGGAAAUGGUGGCCAGUGUAAUGAGAUUCACUUCAUCUGCACCAAGUCUGAUUGUCAUUCAGAUGCAAAAGACACUUCAGAAGCUGGUAUUCGUGAUUUCAUCUUAAAAAGAAACCAACAAGCCAAGGCCAAAGUGAAACAAGAAUUUAACCAACUAAAGGAGGUUAAGAAACACUUCAGUGAGGAAAGUUUCAAAGUCUUCACAGUGAGCUCCCUAGAGUUUCUAAAUCAGAAAUAUCUAAAUCAAGAAGAAACUGAAAUACCCAAACUUCAGGAGUUCCUGCAGGAGUUCAAUGACUGUCACAAAGAGACGUUGAACUACGUGUCCGGAGCCCACGGGAUCCUCUCUCUGAUUCAAGGGGCCAGCCUUGGAGGAGGAGCUGAGAUAAAGAAAGCUGUUUGCACAGACCUUGAAAAAAAGAUGAAAGAUGAACUUGAAAAAGUCAGGAAUCAAAUGGUAGAAACAUACGGGGAUUUUAAAAAGUGCCUCAAUGACGGAGUUGAGAAAUCUGAAAGUUCCUGUGAAAAAGACCUGGAGUCGGUGAUAAAUCCUAAAAAAAAGUCAGGAAGUGGUUUCCAUAUGACACUGAGGUUUUUAGUUAAGCACAACGGCAUCUACAAAGCAGAAACAGCAAAAAAUCAAAAAAAGAGGAAACAAAUAAACCUCAACAUGAAGUUAUCUUCAUACCUGACUGAGAGCAUCGAUGAGAAAUUCAAGGAGACCUUCCCAAAUGAAGUCAAUUGUGGACCAUUCAACGGAAAAAUCAAUUCAUUUUCACUUGGCACAAAGAGGAUGAAAAUGAAGCCAGAGUACGAAGAUGUCAAACUUCAACUGGAAUUCCUCAAUGCAGAGGAAGAUAAGAUGAAGAAGAAACUCAUCAAAGUCAUCCGUGAACGUAAGAAAAUGAUCUACAGCAGUCUGAUGACAACAGUUGAGGAAUCAAUGCAGAAAUGCUAUGAUGAUUCAAAAGAAAUUACUGGAAAAAACUCGCUGAAUAACAUGAGGGAAACAAUGAGGAAGCACGUUCAAGAUUCAAAACACAAAAUGUUCAAGAAGGCUAAAAAGGUCAUGUUGGACCAGCUGAGAGACUUGAUGAACGACAUCCUGAAGGACCUGAAAGUGACAAUGCAGGAAUCAAUCGACCUGUCGCUCAAGACAGACGGUGACUCAAUCCCAGAUGUUACAGUGGAGCUUGGUAUGGUGAAGAACCACCAUGAACAACUGAAUGGAAGUGCAGAAGAUGACCAGUAGUUUGUGCCAGUCCACCAAGCUGCUGAACAGCUGAUGAGCAGCUGAAGAGCCGUAACCCUUGGAGACGUGAGGCCUCUGGAUUUGGUCUCAACCAUUUAUUUAUUUACUUAUUACAAUUCCCAUUGAUGUUUACUUUGACUUAGCUUGUGGUAAAAGACAUUCAUAGCAAUUUGAGACUUUAUUUGUGGGGCAUUUUAAUUUAAAUGAUUAAAGUUUAGAUAGAGACAUAAAAUGUGUGUGGGGUUGUGUGUGUGUGUUGGGGGGGGGGUCUUUUUUAAAGAUAAAUCUUAAUUACUGCAAAAUGUUUUUUUAAUUUGUUAAUUCAUCUAUAAAAAGUUAGGGAACUAGAUGAUUUUUUUAUCAACCAACACGCCCAUCUAGUUUCUCAUUGUUUAGUGAAUAAUUGUUUUGUCUUAAUCUACAUUCUAAAUCUGCAUUGAUAGUAUUUUGCACAGUAAACUCUCUAAUAAAGUCCACUUUCAAAGUGUCACAUGGGCUUCUUGGUUAUUCAUGUUUUUAAAAGGAUCAUUAGGCUCAUGCUGGUGGAAUAGAACGUAGAGUCCCACUCUUACUUUCACUCCUUUAUGAGAUGCAAAUAGGCAUCCUGUCUGCAUUUGAUUCCUUUCAAUGGAUGUCUUUGUUUCUUCCUCUGCUAUUUUCCUCUUCAGUUUUUUCAUGCCGACUUUGGAAAGUGAAUUGUGAAGGAACGGUUUAAAUCUCCUAUUUUGUAUCUGUUGAAUAGACAAAACAACUGUUAUUUUCUACUUUCUUUCUUGUGCAGAGUGCCUGCAGUCUGUACGACCACUAAACAUUCUUUGCAAAGAAUAAAGCUUUGACAUGUGGUUUGUAUUCGUACAUUGAACCUUGUACAUUGGUGAGUAAGCUGCUGUACUUUUAAUUUCAACACGCAAACAGCAUUGUUGAAGAGAAACAAGCAACUAGGUCAAACGAUUUGAAUACAAAUUUGCUGUUGCUUUGCAUACUUCCAUGUUUUACAUUAUUUUUGCAUUUGUUCCUGAGGUACAGCAUGUUUUUGCUGGGUGUGUCUAACCUGAAUAUGCCUUUCUGGAUGAAACCAGCCUUGGUCAAACAAGGCAAAGUUUACCAAAAUAGUUGCAUGACUUUGCAAACUUUGUAUGUUCUUUAUGUCAUUGCAGUAUGUAUCCUGAUAAACAUGCAACCUUGUGAAUAAAAGUCUUUGAAUGGAAUGUUGUUUUAAAAGCUUCUAGGGUGGUUUGUCACACAGGGAGCACUUGCAGGCUUAAAUCCACGAUGGUUACAAUGGAUUUAGUAACACACAAACCAACCAAAAACAUGACGAUUUAUGUGUUAUCAAACAUCAAAACAUUGAUUACUAAUGACGCAGAAAUUGUGUCUGUAUAUCACAGUGCGUAUUCACACAAAUAUUCUUUUCUUUAGAAUCCAAUCUUAAACAUGACAGUGGACAACAAGAGAAAAUGUACAGAUAACUUGAUAUGCAUUUGACCGAAUUGACUCAAUAAUUUAGUUUUAGUCAGUAUUUUGAUGUGCUUUUCCAUGUUGUAGGA